ACCGAGUUGCCGCCAGGACUUCGGUAGUAGAGGAAUCGCAUUUGCCUCCCCCCUCCACGCCCACCAGUUCCCUCUUUUAAGGAGAAGUGCCUGAAAAGAGCGAGUCGGUGGUUCCCAUAGUGAUGGAACAGAAAGUGCAGGAAAUUUAAAGACGCUGGAUCCUCGCGAAGCAGACAAACUGGUGCCAACGUGCGUGGCGGCGGCGGCGGCUGUUGCAAACUGCAAAGAGACGGGAGCCGAAUGGAAGUUUGCAGAGGUCUCUGCUGAGUGACACGGCGCGCACCCCCGAAGUCCGGAGGCAGAACAAUUGCAUGGAGCACCAGAGGCUUCUGGUUUUCUGCACGGGGCUGCCUCCUUUCACGAUUAGUAUUGCUUGCUUCUAAACAGUGCUCUUUUUUGCUGCUCUUCCCUACUCACCGGACACGAGGAAAGGCGUUUGGGCUGCAGCCGUUGAGGGGAAGCGGCAGCGGCCGACCCUGCUCUCCCGCCCCUCCUUGCUUGGAUACCCUCAUUUCCCAGCGCGAGCUUCUCCGACCGAUGCCUCUGCCCGGGCCCGCUUCUGGGUGAACCCUGUCCCCUUUCCCCUUCCCCUCCCUCUCUCUCGAGCAUGGGUCAUCCCCAGUGGUUGGUGACGCUUUACGCAUUGGCGGUUCUCCUGGGUCUCCGGCUGGAGCAGGGCGCUUGCCAGCACUAUCUUCACAUCCGACCGGUCCCCAGCGACAAUUUGCCCCUGGUGGAUCUAAUCGAGCACCCGGACCCUAUCUUCGAUCCCAAGGAGAAGGACCUGAACGAUACGCUGCUGAGGACCCUCCUGGGCACCCAUUUCGACCCGAGCUUCAUGGCAGUCUCCUUGGCCGAGGAUCGCCUCGGCGGCGACGACCUGGCCGAGCUGGACCUGCUGUUGCGGCAGAGACCGUCCGGGGCGAUGCCUAGCGAGAUCAAAGGCCUGGAGUUUUACGACGGGGGGCUCCAGGCGAGCAAGAAGCACCGGCUGAGCAAGAAGCUCCGUCGGAAGCUGCAGCUGUGGCUGUGGUCGCACACCUUCUGCCCGGUACUCUACGCGUGGAACGAUCUCGGCAGCCGCUUCUGGCCCCGCUACGUGAAGGUGGGCAGCUGCUUCAGCAAGAGGUCUUGCUCCGUCCCGGAAGGCAUGAUUUGCAAGCCGGCCAAAUCCGUGCAUCUGACCAUUCUGCGGUGGAGGUGCCAGCGCCGCGGGGGGCAGCGCUGCACGUGGAUCCCCAUCCAGUACCCGAUCAUUUCCGAGUGCAAAUGCUCCUGCUAGGCGGGCGGGGGAGCAACGCGUGCCCUUCGCUCCCGUCACCGCCAGCGUCCCGUAGAACACGGCAAGCAGAACGACACCGCGCCUCUUGUCCUCACCAGAUCGUCCUGGCCGUGCAGCCAGGCUUCGGUCGACUUCACGACGCUAUGAAGAAAAAAAAAAAGACGGACGUUGGCCGCCCCCUUGAAACAUUGCACUGCUCCGGAUUGUGCAAGACAGGCAACUUUUUGUUAUGUAUAAGACGAGCGUGUGUCGCGAGAGAUCUGGGAGAGUCCGUGCGUGCACGGAUACCCUGCCAUCGAGACCACCCAAACGCCUAUGAAAAAAGGUCAGUGUUGCAACGUGAACUCAUUCUCGUCUACUGUAGUUUUAAGAGUAUAUUCGCCUGAAUCAUCGCAGUUAAAGUAUUGUUUUUUCCACCCACCCCCUCUCUUUAAUUUAUAUUCCAGAAAGAAGCGUUUGGAGGAUUUAAAAACAAACGUUCCUCAAACUU